GUGGCGUAAAGCCAAUGAGAUGACGAAGUGAUACAUGUUGGCUUCUAUGUCAACAGUACUUCAACAUCAACAUCAAGGCAUGAACACUGCUAUUGAGAUGAUGAGCGGCUAAAUCAUUAGCCUUUUUGGCACCCAAGUAACUAUAAUCCUUCAGAGUUUGCCAGCUAGCUAUCAGUAGUUCAAGCUCAAUUUCGAGAUGAACAAGAGGGCUUACACCCUAGCUGAACUGUUGACUGAGUUGCAGUCAGCGGAGGAUCUUAUGGUCCAGACAAAGGCUGCUAUGAUGAGUUUUAGGCCGUCUUCCUCAGGCUCUAAGCCAGGUAAGGGGAAGAAGAAAGCCCAGAAUGUUGUAGCACCAAAGAUAGCUAAGGGCAAAAAGAAACGGGUGAACACGAACAAGAAGCAAAGUGGCAAGUGUUUCAAAUGCGGAGAAAAUGGGCUUUGGAAGCCGGAUUGUCCUAAAAAGGCCAAUGGCUCAGGUAACAAGGCAGUUGAAUGAAACAAAG